AUGGGGUCACUGCUUGCACAGACCCGUCGCGCACCGCCCGAACCCUCCGAGCCAGGGGACUCUGACGCGGUGUACACUGACCCCUCACGCGCUGCCCCCUCCCUCACUGACCCCGAAGGCACUGGCCAAGCUUGCAGUGAUCCCGCCUCUCCCCACAGGCUGUCCUACGACCCCACUCGCUACCCUCGGCUCCUACCGGAGGCUUACUGCCUGUGCCGCGGCUGCCUGACCGGGCCGCGCGGGGAGGAGGACCUGAGCCUUCGCAGUGCGCCCGUGUUGCUGCCCACGGUAGUGCUGCGCCGCACCCCUGGAUGCGCCGGGGGCCGCUCGGUCUACGCUGAGGAGUACGUGGCAGUGCCUGUGGGCUGUACCUGUGUCCCUGCGCUGGACCACGACACACCAGCUGCCCCCGGAGCAGACCGCGAUGGAAAAGAGCGGAGCCGUGACCCGGCCCACCAGGAGCGGGACCGGGAGCUGCGCAGGCCUUUCCGUCCGGGAGCAGGACAGUGACUCAGCAGGUCUUGCCCACGGGGCCACCCACAGGGGAACCUCUCCGGUGGCCCCGGCUUCUAGGCGUAAGUCAGUGUACAGUUGGCCCUAGUGUAGCGAGACCAGCCGCUGGAACAGGACAAGUCAUCAAAGCCCCUUAGCCUCUGCACGUAGGUAGGUGGUAGACGCUUUUUAAAACAUCUUUUUAUAAGAAUAUAUACCUACUUGUUUUCAAUAGGGGCAGGAACUAUUUUUAUAUUAGCGAUUUUGAACAAUUAAAUUUUUACUUGCAUAUAUACACUUUAUAAAUCUUAUUUUCACUUCCUCUGCUAGAUUUUAGCAGAGUUGGAAUCCUCAGAUAAACUCUUUUAAGCAGGCACUGUGGCCUGAGUCUCUAAAGCCAGGUUCAACCCUGUCAAUCUGGUUGUGCCAGCAAUGGGGACAGGGUUGAACCUGACAUGCCCACCGUCUGGUGACAGUCCCCAGGGGCUGCUACAGAGAUAAAAGGGAAGUGUAGUAGGCUCAGGUAACCCCAGAGCCAUCCCAGAAAUCCUAAACUUAGGUUUACUAGUAUAUGGAUGGCUGCAGGUAUACUGAAUUAAAAAUAUUUUUUUUUUACUUUUCAAAGUCAGUGGGGCCAAUUUGUGGGUAAGAGGUGGUGAGAUAACAGCAGCAGGUGAAAUGUGGCAUCUUUGCCAACUCUCAAAAAGAACCUAACUCUAGGCUGUUUUAAGGGCUUCCGGAACUAGCCACAUGAGGGGAAAGUGAGCUAACUUCCCAUUUCCAGGAAGCAGUAUCAAGCCUCUUUUUCUACAUGUUGCAAUGUGAACUGAAUCCUUUCUUUAGGCUGGAAGUCUGUCCCUGAACACAAUGAUUCGUAAAAGUGAGUUCUUUUUAAGUCAUUAAAAUGGUUGUUGGUGAAAGUA